GCGAGAUGCAUUCUGGGUCUGCAACAAGAUGGCUGCGCCCUUGCCCGAGUACUGAGAGCGCGACGCUUCCCGACGGGAACGAAAGAGUAAAACCGAGCGGGUCGCGUGUUCACGGCGCCCGAUCAGCAUCGACGACGCCGCGAGGCGCGCGGAGAAGGAGCGCUUAUUGCAGAGCCCCCGGGGCCGCGCGGCGACAGCGUCUGGCGUGGCUCGCGCGGGGUGUCCGCGCGACGAUGGGCCUGUUUCGGAGCCCGUGCCCCUAACUCGGAGUGGCCGCGGGGAGAGCGAACGCCGAUUCCCCUGCAAGCACGUGCCCGCCGAGCUCGGCUUCGACGGCUUUCACGUUCUGCAGAAACUGUGGACGCUGCCGUACAAUUUGCUGACGGGGGUGAUCUGCGCGACCGCUUCCGUCAUCGUUCGGAGACGCACCGGUUCCCCAGCGGCCGCUCGCGCUCUGGAAGUCGCCGCCGCUCCAAGAAGCCUGAGGACUAUGGAUGCCGAGCUGCUUCACUCACCCGUGGUGGGGCUGACUGAGGAAGAGGAGGCCGACAUGAGCGACUGGAACCUGCCGUUGGCCUUCAUGAAAAAGCGUCACCUGGAGAAGAUUGAGGGCUCCAGAGCGCUUGCACAGAGCUGGAGGAUGAAGGACAGGAUGAAGACGGUGAGUGUGGCUCUCGUACUGUGUCUCAACGUCGGCGUCGACCCUCCCGACGUGGUGAAGACCUCGCCCUGUGCCAGGCUGGAGUGCUGGAUAGAUCCUCUAUCUAUGAGUCCGCAGAAGGCCCUAGAGACGAUAGGGGCCAACCUGCAGAAACAGUACGAGAACUGGCAACCCAGGGCACGCUACAAGCAGAGUCUGGACCCCACGGUGGACGAGGUGAAGAAACUCUGCACGUCGCUGCGCCGCAACGCCAAGGAGGAGCGCGUUCUGUUCCACUACAACGGCCACGGGGUCCCCCGGCCCACCGUCAACGGGGAGAUCUGGGUCUUCAAUAAGAACUACACCCAGUACAUCCCUCUCUCCAUCUAUGACCUGCAGACCUGGAUGGGUAGUCCCUCCAUCUUUGUGUAUGAUUGCUCCAAUGCCGGCAUCAUUGUCAAGUCCUUCAAACAGUUUGCUCUGCAGAGAGAGCAGGAGCUGGAGGUGGCAGCGAUCAACCCCAACCACCCGCUGGCGCAGAUGCCGCUGCCGCCAUCCAUGAAGAACUGCAUCCAGCUGGCGGCGUGCGAGGCCAGCGAGCUCCUCCCCAUGAACCCUGACCUCCCUGCCGACCUCUUCACCUCCUGUCUGACCACGCCCAUCAAAAUCGCCCUGCGCUGGUUUUGUAUGCAGAAAAGUGCCAAGCUCGUGCCAGGGGUGACAUUGGACCUGAUUGAAAAGAUUCCCGGGAGGCUGAACGACAGGAGAACUCCGUUAGGAGAGCUCAACUGGAUCUUCACGGCCAUCACAGACACCAUCGCGUGGAAUGUCCUGCCCAGAGACCUUUUCCAAAAGCUCUUCCGUCAGGAUCUGCUGGUGGCGAGCCUCUUUCGUAACUUCCUAUUGGCUGAGAGGAUUAUGAGGUCAUAUAACUGUACUCCAGUAAGCAGCCCCAGGUUGCCACCUACAUACAUGCAUGCAAUGUGGCAGGCGUGGGAUCUUGCUGUGGAUAUCUGCCUGUCUCAGUUGCCCACCAUCAUAGAGGAGGGAACUGCCUUUAGGCACAGCCCUUUCUUCGCGGAGCAGCUCACGGCAUUUCAAGUGUGGCUGACCAUGGGGGUGGAGAACAGGAACCCGCCCGAGCAGCUACCCAUAGUCCUGCAGGUCCUCCUGAGCCAGGUGCACAGAUUGCGGGCGUUGGACCUGCUGGGCCGCUUUCUGGACCUGGGGCCGUGGGCUGUGAGCUUGGCUCUCUCUGUUGGAAUCUUCCCCUAUGUUCUUAAGUUGCUCCAGAGCUCAGCGAGAGAGCUUCGUCCUCUCCUCGUCUUCAUCUGGGCCAAGAUCCUGGCCGUGGACAGCUCCUGCCAGGCUGAUCUGGUGAAGGACAACGGUCAUAAGUACUUCCUGUCCGUCCUGGCUGACCCGUACAUGCCGGCGGAACAUCGGACCAUGGCUGUCUUCAUUUUGGCUGUGAUUGUCAACAACUACAACACGGGACAGGAGGCCUGUCUCCAGGGUAACCUCAUCUCCAUCUGUCUGGAGCAGCUGAGCGACCCCCACCCCCUCCUCCGCCAGUGGGUGGCUAUCUGCCUCGGCCGGAUCUGGCAGAACUUUGACUCGGCCCGCUGGUGCGGGGUGCGGGACAGCGCCCAUGAGAAGCUCUACAGUCUCCUGUCUGACCCCAUCCCCGAGGUUCGGUGCGCGGCCGUCUUUGCCCUGGGAACCUUCGUGGGGAACUCGGCUGAGCGGACUGACCACUCCACCACUAUCGACCACAACGUGGCCAUGAUGCUGGCCCAGCUCAUCAACGACGGCAGCCCUGUGGUCAGGAAGGAGCUGGUUGUGGCUCUGAGCCACCUGGUGGUUCAGUACGAGAGCAACUUCUGCACUGUGGCGCUGCAGUUUAUGGAGGAGGAGAAAAACUAUGCAGUGCCCUCACCUGGCAACACUACAGAGCCGGGGAACCUGACCCCAGUGAGGGAUGGCCCAACCCUGCCGCGUCUGCGCCCCGUCAACUCCUACACGAACAUCCGAGCGGCCACCACUGCUCGUAACCUGAACAAAAGCCUGCAGAACCUCAACCUCAACGAGGAGGGUGGGCCCGUGACCUUCUCCCCUGGCAACCUGAGUGCCAGCAGUAGUGCCAGCAGUACGCUGGGCAGUCCCGACAACGACGAGUACCUGCUGUCCUUCGAGACCAUCGACAAGAUGAGGCGCGUCAGCUCCUACUCCUCCCUCAACUCGCUCAUCGGCGUGUCCUUCAACAGCGUGUACACUCAGAUCUGGAGGGUUCUGUUACACCUGGCUGCCGACCCGUUUCCCGAAGUGUCCGACCUGGCCAUGAAGGUCCUUAACAGCAUUGCGUAUAAGGCUACAAUGAACACACGGCCACAGAAGAUUCUGGACUCUGGUUCUCUCACCCAGUCAGCACCUGCCAGCCCAACCAGCAAAGGAACACUCAUCCACCAGGCAGGCGCGUCGCAUGGGGCCAACCGCUGUCUGUCUCGUUGCAGCGGGUCUCCACCCAUACCGGGUGUGUCCAGUUCCAGUCUGACCAAUGAGGUGCCCAAGCCACCCACUCGUGAAGCCCCUCCUUCUCGCCCUCCGUACACGCCCACACUGGGCAAUCAGGCCCCACCUCAUUCACACCAGUUCUCCAGAACACGCAAAAUGUUUGACAAGGGACCGGACCAGAUGGCAGAGGACGGAGAUGAGGCGACCGCACACAGGAACUUCAUCAGUGUGGCUUUGCAGACUGGCCUGUGUGACUGGAGUGCCAAGUACUUCGCUCAGCCCGUCAUGAAGAUCCCAGAGGAACAUGAUUUGGAGAGUCAGGUGAGGAAGGAGCGUGAGUGGAGGUUCCUGAGGAACGCAGGUGUACGCAGACACAGCCAGCGCAUCACACAGAGAGGAAUUGCCCGACUGGACGAUCAGAUCUUUAUAAACAGGAACCCCGGCGUUCCAUCAGUUGUGAAGUUCCACCCCUUUAACCCUUGCAUUGCUGUGGCUGACAAAGACUCCAUCUGUUUUUGGGACUGGGAGAAAGGAGAGAGACUGGACUACUUCUACAAUGGUAAUCCUCGCUACACCCGCAUCACUGCCAUGGAGUACCUGAACGGGCACGACUGUUCCCUCCUGCUCACCGCAACUGACGACGGGGCGUUGCGGAUCUGGAAGAACUUUGCGGAUCAGCGGAACCCCGAGAUGGUGACCGCGUGGCAGGGGCUGUCGGACAUGCUGCCAACGACACGAGUGGCUGGAAAAGCAUUUCGGAAUUGCAGCACGAGUCGGGAUUCUAGGGAAAACCAUGGCUGCUCCGGUCUAGCUCGACGGGUUUCGAUCUAUCUUGACAGAAGUAAACAGGGAGGUGCAGGUAUGGUGGUGGACUGGGAACAAGAGACAGGUCUGCUCAUGACCUCUGGUGACGUCCGGGUCAUCCGCAUCUGGGACACGGAGAGAGAGAUGAAAGUGCAGGACAUCCCAACAGGAGCAGACAGCUGUGUGACCAGUCUGUCCUGUGAUCCACAGCGCUCCCUAGUGGUGGCUGGGCUGGGUGACGGCUCAGUGCGAGUCUAUGAUCGCAGAAUGGCCCCUAAUGAAUGUCGCGUGAUGACAUAUCGAGAGCAUGGGGCGUGGGUAGUGAAAGCUCACGUGCAGAGGGAGACAAACGGAGAAAUCGUCAGUGUCAGUGUAAAUGGUGACGUGCGUUUCUUUGAGGCGCGGACACCGGACUCGGUAAAUGUGUUACAGACGGUGAAAGGCCUGACAGCGUUGGACAUUCACCCCCAGGCUAACCUCUUUGCCUGUGGUUCUAUGAAUCAAUUCAUAGCAGUCUAUAACUCCAAUGGUGACGUGAUCAGUAAUAUUAAGUACUAUGACGGCUUUAUGGGACAGCGUAUUGGCGCUAUCAGCUGCCUUGCCUUCCACCCUUACUGGCCUCAUUUGGCUGUGGGAAGUAAUGACUACUACAUGUCCAUCUACUCAGCGGAGAAGAGACUGAGAUAACGCCAUGACCCCUCCUCUCUGACCUUUUGACUUUACACGCCCUGCUGAGGCAGGAUGUAAAUGACUUCUUGUAUAUAUGCAACUACCACCAUGAAUGUCUAGUGAAGGCUGCUGAACUCACACAAUGACUUAUCAUUAUUAUUAUAAUUAUUGUUGUCAUAAUUCUUCUUAUUUUGGAAUUAUUGAUUGUAGACUUGGCUGUGCUGAGCAGUGUGUGUAUUUGAACUGCGUAUAAAAAAAAACCCGACAGAAGUGUAGAAAUAUAUUGUACACUUCUGCUAAGAGGCUUUGCAGCCUUCCGGAAGUUUUCGCAUGCCUCCUCCUGUAGUUGCUUCGGGGUGGGGUCUGAGAGCCGAAGGGGGCGGAGUCUCAGAGCAGGCAAGGUCUGGACAUUAAGGCCAGCAAUGAGACAGCGGGGGGAGAGCGAGAGCAGGUGUUACACUGAAAGCACGCACCCUGAGCAAGCUGAAGGGGAGGACAGCAGCCCCGCUGAAACCUCAGCACCUGGACAUCGGGACUGAUUUCACGUGGACACAAGGAUUAGUGCAACUCGCGUGACUGGAUGCUUUGAGGGACUCACAUGUGCUCUCUCUCCCCAGCUGAAAUGUAGGAACCAAAGCACAGGCAUUCGCUGUACACGCACUUGUGCGCAUGUACGCGCGUGCGCAUAUGUUUGUGUCUUGCCAUGCUGAAGUAACACACCACACCUUAUGAACCAGCACACAGACUCUUACGGCAUAUUCUGAUUGGCUUACAUACAUGUCCACACACACACACACACACACACACACAUGCGUGCACCCAGUGCCAAAACCCAAUCUCCACACAGACACACACAAUUGAGCACACACCCUUACCUUCCGUGCAGUAACACCUUUGAAAGUUCUCUCCGGACUCUGGACCACUGGAGGAAGAGACCGCACUACCCCCAACCUCAAAUGUUUGCUUGCACAGAUCAAUACAAGAGCCAGAUCAUACAUACACAGAGCAUUUCCCCCCCCCCCCCCCAAGUCAGGAAGGUCUGGGAAAGGGGGUUUAUAAACACUCUAUCACAUGCAUGGAAUUCUGGCACUGUCGUCUGUGACUGUUGCUUCUCCCUCCAGGGUGUGCCCAUGACCUCUUGAACUUUGAACUAUUGAAAGGUCAUAGGCCACUGCCGCCGUCACGGCGUCCACCUUGUGUACCAGCCAUCUUGAUAGCCGCUGCCAUCAUCGUCCAUCGGUCUUACAUGGCACCGCAAAAUGUGUUUUCCCAGCGGGACUUUUUAAAUGCUUUGCUUUUCAUCUUGGUUGGUUUGUUUGUUUGUUUGUUUGUUUGCUUUUGUUCUGUAAUUGCUUGGUUUGUUAGGCACUGGGUCACUGCUACUGAAACGCUGAAAAGCCAAACCCCACGCAGCACUCAGACAGCACUGCUUCCACAUCUGUCACUCUUUCGUUCAUCCCCUCCCCCCCCCCAUUCAAAUAGCUUUAUUGGCAUGAACUGUAAUUAACAACCGUUGCCAAAGUUAUUAUAGAAUUCUUAAUAUUAAUCAUCAUAAAACUUGAAAAAAGGAAAAUAAAUAAGUCCAUAUAAUAAAGAUUAGACAAGUACUUUCAUAUUCUCUCCCCCUCUUCCCCUCCUGCUCCGCUUUCUGUUUAGCACGUUGGCUCACACAUCUGCCUCGUGACUCAGUGCUUCUCACUGAUCUGAGUGUUGGAUCUUUUAAGGCUUUAAGGCAGCCGUCUUCACGCUUGCUUCGCAAACCUCCUCUCUCCUUCUUUCUCUCUCUCUCUCUCUCUCUCUCUCUCUCUCUCUCUCUCUCUCUCUCUCUACCGCUCCUUCUCCACCCAUCCUGCACCUCUUCUCCAGCACCAAAAUACCUGGAGAUUGGAAACAGGUCGUUGGGGAUGGGUUAGGAAAAUGGGCCCAAAAGGCGCGUGGAUCUUGUCCGUGGUGCAGUUUUAGCAGAUGGGGGUCGGACGAUGCUGUGCUGUGCAGAGUCACCAGUACGAACUGCAGUGAAAUCAGACGGACAGCGCCACCUUGGGGACAGGUUUCACCUGUUCGGUACAAUAUUCAUGUGUCACUGAAGACGUAAUAACUGAACAAAUGUGUGUAGAGUCCAAGCCAGGCACUAGGUCCCAGUCUUGUUUGCUUGUCUCUAAAACUCAAAUGACUGCCUGGAGUCAUUCGAGUUGCUCGAAAUGUAUUGACGUAAAAUCAAAGUAAGACGUUUUUGUGAAGUGUGGUUAGAAAUUAGGUGGCUAAAAAUGAGGCUUUAAUUAUUUAGGGGGGCUUUCUACGAGCCAUACUCGUCACCAAUCAAUCUGUAAGUGUACAUACUGUUAAACACCAAAACCUGUUACCAGGGCAACCACCUGGAAGAGGACGAUGGGCCUCUCGACUAGUUCAGCAGUGUUCCACUGUCAACAUUCAGAACCGAAGUGGAAAUGCCUUUAUUUUUGCCACACCGGAGACCGGGGGCCACAGACUCGCUCAAUGUCGCCGUGGUGUGGCGUUCCCCACGGAGGACAACGACUACCCGUCCCUUAGAAACACCGAGCUUCCUCCACACCUCUACAUUCAGGCCAAAUAUUUCCAACAUUUGACACUGUAUUUACCUCUCAAAGAACUACCUUUUGGUUCUGAUUUCUGAUGGUUGAACAUUACUUAUUGCUGUGUAACAAUUUUCACCUUUAUUUUUAUUUAUAAGGUUUUUUUUUUAUCACAUUCUCUUUAUUGUGCUUGUUUUUCCCCCUUUGAACAUGGUUUUGUUUUAAGUUGGUUGCGUUUGUUAGCCUUCUACAAUGCCUGCCUUGAGCUUGACCGAGAGACGCGUCUUCUUUCCCCUGCACAGAAGCCUCUCAUGUCCCUCUGGCCUUCAGAGUCGAGUCGGAGCUGUGGCUAACGCCACGCUCACGGGCUGGAUUCACUUAAGGAGCAAUAUAUUUGUAUAUAAUGGACCUCGGUCACAGGCCCACCACAUACAACUCUUCAGCCCCCUAGAGGGGUGCGUAGGAGAUACUGCAGCUUCACUGAGUGGAACUGAAUGGUCACUGACUUUACCCCCAGCCCUUCCCUCGCAGAUUAUCCUGCUUUGAGUUUUAACAUUUUAGAUUUAAAGAAAAAAGAGAAACUUGUAGAAUGCAAUCGGGUGUUAUCUGUGACUUUAGAUUGCUUUGCUGGCUGUGGUUUUUAUGAAAAGAAAGGAAUCACUCAAAUAAACCAAAUACACCAACA